UCUCUGUAACGAGAUGGAGGAGACUCAUACACAGACGACGGCUCCGUUAAUCUGUUCGACGGAACUGGUGGCAGAAGACGGCGACUACACUCCGUUGGGAAGCUAUGAGGCUUUGAAGAAGAUAAUUUGGAUUGAGAGCAUCAAAAUAUGGAAGAUUGCUCUUCCCAUUGCUGUCAACAUCCUCUGUCUCUUCAGUAUCAACUCUGUCACCUCCAUCUUCGCCGGCCACAUCGGCAACCUCGAACUUUCCGCCGUCGCCGUCUCCCUCUCCGUCAUUGCCACCUUCGCCUUCGGCUUCAUGUUUGGCAUGGGAAGUGCAUUGGAAACACUGUGUGGGCAAGCGUUUGGAGCAGGGCAGAUACAUAUGCUAGGAGUUUACGCCCAAAGAUCAUGCAUAAUCUUAUUCACAUCUUGCAUCAUCCUCUCCCCAGUCUACAUCUUUGCUUCCCCAAUUCUAAAGCUUCUCGGCCAAGAACAUGAAAUCGCAGAUCUCGCCGGCAAGUUCACUCUCCUCACAUGGCCCUAUCUUUUCUCUCUUGCCUUCACUUUUCCCACACAGAAGUUCCUCCAAGCUCAGAGCAAGGUCUAUGUACUGACAUGGAUUGGGUUAGUGGCUUUGGUCUUUCACAUUCUGCUGCUCUGGCUCUUCAUUUAUGUGUUCGGUUGGGGAAUUGCUGGGGCUGCCAUUGCAUUUGAUAUCUCGAAUUGGUUAAUUACUUUGACUCAGAUAGUUUAUGUAGUUGGAUGGUGUAAGGAAGGAUGGCAUGGAUUUUCGGUGCUGGCUUUUAAGGAUAUUUUGGCUUUUGUGAGGUUGUCUCUUUCUUCUGCUGUGAUGCUUUGCCUUGAGAUUUGGUAUUUGAUGGCUCUUAUUGUUCUCACUGGUCACCUUGAGAAUGCCGUUAUUGCUGUUGAUUCCCUUUCUAUUUGCAUGUAUUUUAAUGGAUGGGAGGCUAUGAUAUUUAUUGGACUCAAUGCAGCAAUCAGUGUGAGAGUUUCAAAUGAACUUGGGAUGGGCCAUCCCAGAGCAACAAAAUACUCAGUCUAUGUGACUGUGUCAGAAUCUCUGAUGCUUGGGAUUUUUUUCCUGACUGGUAUAUUGAUAGCUAGAAAGUACAUAGCCUUAGUUUUCACCACCAGCAAGAUUCUGCAAGAAGCUGUGGCUAGCCUUGCUUACUUGCUUGCCAUAACUAUGGUUCUUAAUAGUGUUCAACCUGUGAUCUCAGGGGUUGCUGUGGGAGCGGGAUGGCAAACAUUAGUUGCUUAUAUCAAUGUUGGUUGUUAUUAUCUUUUUGGGCUUCCUUUGGGAUACCUCCUUGGAUACAAAGCAAAAUGGGGAGUCAAGGGACUUUGGGGUGGUAUGAUACUUGGAAUUGUGCUACAAACCUUGAUUCUCUUGUUUAUUCUCUACAAUACCAAUUGGAACAAGGAGGUUCAGCAAUCAACUGAACGCAUGAAAAGGUGGGGAGGAAAGGAUUCAACAAUUGUGGAACCUAACGAGACUGGAGAAAACCCAAUUUAAGAGUCAUAUAUGGGUAUUUUAUGCGUGUUAAAACACAAGCCAUGUAUUAACCUGUAUUGGUUGUUGGCUUUGUUAAUUUCGUAUUAACUUAUUUUGUAAUUUAUUGUUCUUUUUUAAUACCUUUUUUUCAUCUUGUGAUUAUACUGUGCUUAUUUUGUUAUCUAGAUUUUUGCAUCUGCA